GUCCACCCCCUCUCGCCACCCACGCCCGCCCCCGGCUGCCGGCUCUUUCCCAGCGGGGCCGCCGCCGCCGCCGCACUCAGCGCCGGCGUCUCAGCAGCAUCGCCGCCUGCGCCGCGCGCUGCGCGCCGCCGCCCGACCCCGCCGCCCACCCGCACGCCAGCCAUGGAGCCCGCAGCCCCCCGCCGCCGCCACACCCACCAGCGCGGCUACGCCUUGACGCGGGACCCCCACCUCAACAAGGACUUGGCUUUUACCCUGGAAGAGAGACAACAAUUGAAUAUUCAUGGAUUGUUGCCACCUUGCUUCAUCAGUCAGGAUAUCCAGGUUCUUAGAGUAAUUAAAAAUUUUGAGCGUCUGACCUCUGACUUUGACAGGUAUCUUCUCUUAAUGGAUCUUCAAGAUAGAAAUGAAAAACUCUUUUACAGAGUGCUAAUGUCUGACAUUGAGAAAUUCAUGCCUAUUGUCUAUACCCCCACUGUGGGUCUGGCUUGCCAGCAAUAUAGUUUAGCAUUUCGGAAGCCAAGGGGUCUCUUUAUUAGUAUCCAUGACCAAGGGCAUAUUGCUUCAGUUCUUAAUGCGUGGCCAGAAGAUGUCAUCAAGGCUAUUGUGGUGACUGAUGGAGAGCGUAUUCUUGGCUUGGGAGACCUUGGCUGUAAUGGAAUGGGCAUCCCUGUGGGCAAGCUGGCACUGUAUACAGCCUGUGGAGGGAUGAAUCCUCAAGAAUGUCUGCCUGUUAUUCUGGAUGUGGGAACAGAAAAUGAGGAUUUACUUAAAGAUCCGUUGUACAUUGGGCUACGGCAGAGAAGAGUGAGAGGUCCUGAAUAUGAUGACUUUUUGGAUGAAUUCAUGGAGGCAGUUUCUUCCAAGUAUGGGAUGAAUUGCCUUAUUCAAUUUGAAGAUUUUGCCAAUAUAAAUGCAUUUCGUCUCCUGAAGAAAUAUCAAAACCAGUAUUGCACAUUCAAUGAUGAUAUUCAAGGAACAGCAUCUGUUGCAGUGGCAGGGAUCCUUGCGGCUCUUCGAAUAACCAAGAACAAACUGUCUGAUCAAACAAUACUCUUCCAAGGAGCUGGAGAGGCUGCCUUAGGGAUUGCACACCUGAUUGUUAUGGCCAUGGAAAAAGAAGGUUUACCAAAAGAGAAAGCCAUGAAAAAGAUCUGGUUGGUUGACUCAAAAGGAUUAAUAGUUAAGGGACGUGCUGCCUUAACACAAGAGAAGAAGGAAUUUGCCCAUGAACAUGAAGAAAUGAAGAACCUAGAGGCCAUUGUUAAAGAAAUAAAACCAACUGCCCUCAUAGGAGUUGCUGCGAUUGGUGGUGCAUUCUCAGAACAAAUUCUCAAGGACAUGGCUGCCUUCAAUGACCGACCUAUUAUUUUUGCAUUGAGUAAUCCAACUAGCAAAGCAGAAUGUACUGCAGAGCAGUGCUAUAAACUAACCAAGGGGCGUGCAAUUUUUGCCAGUGGCAGUCCUUUUGAUCCAGUUACUCUUCCAGAUGGACGGACCCUAUAUCCUGGCCAAGGAAACAAUUCCUAUGUGUUUCCUGGAAUCGCUCUUGGUGUUGUGGCUUGUGGACUGAGACAUAUCACAGAUGAGAUUUUUCUCACAACUGCUGAGGUUAUAGCCCAGCAAGUAUCAGAUAAACACUUGGAAGAGGGCCGGCUUUAUCCUCCUUUGGACACCAUUAGAGAUGUUUCUCUGAAAAUUGCAGCAAAGAUUGUGAAAGAUGCUUACCAAGAAAAGACAGCCACAGUUUAUCCUGAACCCCAAAACAAGGAAGCAUUUGUCCGCUCUCAGAUGUAUAGCACUGAUUAUGACCAGAUUCUACCUGAUUGUUAUUCUUGGCCUGAAGAGGCCCAGAAAAUACAGACCAAACUUGACCAGUAGCAUAAUUACUGACAUUUCUAAUUCCAUUAAUGAGAUCUUAAAGUCUCUCAUAAUUUUUAAAGAUUGGAAUCUUUUCUAAUUACUCGUAAUAUUCUAGACUAGGAUAAUUUAACUAUAAAAAUUCAUGGAAGAAUAUUAAUAUACUUUGGGGUAAACAUCACACUAGACGAUUUUGCUUCAUUUACUUUCUCAUUAUUUAUGGUUUCUCUCUUAAUUAUUUUGCCCAAGUUCUCUUAAAAAGCUAUUGUACCUACUACUGAGAAACACACCAUUUUUAUAUAGGGAACUAAUGGAAAGACCAAAAUUAGUAACAAAUUGAUAUGCUCAACAUUAAAAUCCGUAAUUAUUUUGUUGACCAUUUUGUUAAAAAUCUACUCUUUUUUCUUUUUAAUAAAGAUAGAAAUGAAUUUAGGCAUAGAUGAAUUUUUGCUAAAAGCAGAAACAACACUUCAUUGCCUAGAGAAAAAUAACUUCUCAGGUAUUUUUAUUCCAGUCCUACAUUAUAUUAGUUCUUCUAGUGCAACUGAACGCUAACAUUUCUAAGAAAGAUCAUUGCUGUUUACAAUGCCUUGUGCAGCCUUAGAUUUUAAUAUUCUUUCCCCAUUGUUACAUCUUCUUAUCAUUUUGAUUCUCAGUCAGAUAUCUCUUCUAGAAGCACUUUUCUUCCUCCCCUGACUGAAUGCCCUGUCCUUCACACUAUUGCUGCUGAACAUUUGCAGACUGUGGUGCCUGUCCAGAAGUUGGUACCUUCAGUUCAGCAUAGCCUGAGCCACAGAAAGAGCUGAAAGAGAAUAGGUAAUAUCCUUGAGAAAGGGCUGCCUGUGGAGCUGACCUCUUAGGACAAAGAUCUCUGGAGUCAGGGGCAAGAGUGUGGUUCCCAGACAAGCUGGGUUCUCACUUAAGUGACCUGCCCUCUUGUUUCCUUGAUUAGCUCAGGUAAUUAGAGCUCGCUGUGUUACAGUAAACUCACUUUACUCUGAGUAUGGAGGAAAUUUUGUAACCCAAUUCCCCAGUAUCAGAAACUAUCUUUACAUCAGGUAUUAAGAUAUUCUAAUUACCGUCAGUACUUAUAGCCCAGAAAUUGUUAACUUCAAGUUUUACUUUAGAAAUUAAUAACUGAACCAAUGGAAACCAUUUUAAAUUCUUAAGCUCAGGUGCAAUAACAUUUGCUAUUUAUUUGUAGAAUUAUUUGGAGAAUUUCUGUUCUUGAAAUAAUGCUUUUAAAAAGUAUAAGAAGAUGUUCAAGAUAAACUAUACUGUACAAUGACUUUAUUGAAGGUUGAAGAUUAUACAGAUAGUUUCAGGUGUGAAUAGACAGGGUGCGGUUAUUUCUGAAAGUAACAUUUAGUCAAGAGUUUCCUCAAUAUAGUCACUUUGAAAAGAUCCAGAAUGCUUAUUUCUUGUCUGUUUCCAUGUUGUCUUGCAACUCUAACUAAAUGUAUUUACCUAUGCAAAAGAUUUAUUAAAGUGUAGAAAAAGUGAAUGAAUAAAA